CGUAUAUAUCCCCACAAAGUCUUUUGCGUUUGAAUUGCGUUUCCCAUGUUUUUGUUUUUGUCUGAGUUAGUAUGAGAUCAACCAUGUACUACUGCAUGUACUUUCCAACUCCCUUAAAUCCGUGGCUCUAUUACUUUGUUUUCUUUUGAGAUUUUCUACAUAAACCCACUCAACUCAACACACACACAAAACUUGUCUCUCUCUUUUCUUUUCUUUUCUUUUCUUUUUUUGUGUUUUUGUUUCUGGUAAUUUGUUGCAGAGAUGGGAAGUGGUGAGAGAAGUUUCAAAGGAUUUCUUCUGCAUGGGAAGAAGCAAGAGUUCAGAGGUGUACCAAAAGGGUGUCUUGCAAUCAAGGUUGGUCAAGGAGAAGAUCAACAAAGGUUCGUGGUUCCAGUGAUUUACUUCAAUCACCCACUCUUCAUGCAGCUUCUCAAAGAGGCAGAAGAAGAAUAUGGUUUUGAUCAUAAAGGAGCCAUAACUAUCCCUUGUCGUGUUGAGGAGUUCAGAAACAUAAGAGGUUUGAUUGAUAGGGAAAAGUCUCUUCAUCACAAUCAUCAUGUUGGAUGCUUUGGUUUCUGAGAAUAUCUGAACUGAUCAACCAUGAUGGUGCUGUUGUAAAUCCUUCUUAGUUCUUCUUCUUACUUUUCUUCCUUUGUUAGUUGAGUGGUGAUGUUAGAGAUGAGAUGAUGAUGACGACACAAUGUUAAUUACUUGUUCUAAUUUUGUUAGAAAAUCGUAAUAAUAAUGAAAGAAAGAAAAUCGUAAUGAAUCUUUUCUUUUUCCUUUUAA